CAGUGGCCAAGGGAGAAAUCAUUCCAGUGAUCCCACCUUCAUCUCAUCUCUCUCUCUCUCUCUCUCAACAGACUUCUUGUUACUUUACAGUAGACCAUAGCCUACGUUGAAGCUCGCUUGGAUCUAUAGCAGGCAACCGCUUUCGCGUUUUAUGGCGUUUCUAGGUAGCUUUUCUCGGAAGUGCAGUAGGCAGUGACGCGCUAGAGUUAUUGGCAUUUUGAGUCAGCUUUAUGCGGUGCGCCUCCUCCUUCUCGUACAUUUCCUGAUUCUGAAAAUAUUUUCUUUCCCGGGGAUUCUUUGAUUUUGCAUUUGUCUAAAUAUUUUUUUCCACUGGCAACAUGUAUCAAGCUUUAAGGAAAGUUUUUUUUUCUGAUGCUCUCUGCCUGAGCGACUCGACUGCAAAGUCGUUUGAAGAACUCUUCGCGAAGCUGGACACCAACAAAGAUGGGGUUGUGGAUGUGUCGGAGUUGAAGGCAGGCCUUUCCUCUAUGGGCAUAGCUCUCGGAAAAGGCACAGUACAGAAAAUAAUGACAUCUGGAGACUCUGAUGGAAGUGCUGGGCUGGACCUAAACGAGUUUUCCAAGUACCUGAGUGAACACGAGAAAAAACUCAAGCUGACCUUUAAGAGUUUGGAUAAGAACAAUGAUGGCCGCAUUGAUUACAAGGAGAUCAAGCAGUCACUAACAGAGUUGGGCGUGGAUGUGACAGAGGAGCAUGCCCAGAAGAUUCUACAGAGUAUUGAUGUUGAUGGCACCAUGACAGUGGACUGGAGUGAAUGGAGAGAGCAUUUCCUAUUUAGUGCUGCUUCAAACUUACAAGAGAUCCUACGCUACUGGAAGCACUCCACGGUGCUGGACAUAGGAGACAGUCUCACCAUCCCAGAUGAGUUCACAGAGGAGGAAAAGACUACGGGUGUGUGGUGGAGACAGCUGGCCGCCGGGGGGAUGGCAGGGGCCGUCUCUCGUACCGGCACGGCACCACUGGACAGAAUGAAAGUGUUCAUGCAGGUGCACUCCUCUAAGACCAACAAGAUCAGCCUGAAAGGAGGCUUCAAGCAGAUGAUUAAGGAGGGGGGCGUGGCCUCAUUGUGGAGGGGAAACGGGGUCAACGUCCUCAAGAUCGCCCCUGAGACCGCCAUCAAGUUCAUGGCCUAUGAGCAGUAUAAGAAGCUGCUGGGCCAGGAGUCGGGGAAGGUGAAGCCUCAUGAGAGGUUCAUGGCCGGAUCCCUGGCUGGAGCCACGGCCCAGACCGCCAUCUACCCCAUGGAGGUGAUGAAGACGCGCCUGACCCUGGGGAAGACUGGUCAGUACAAGGGCAUGUUCGACUGUGCCAAGAAGAUUCUGAAGAAGGAGGGCGUGAAGGCCUUCUACAAGGGCUACGUCCCCAACAUCCUGGGCAUCAUCCCCUAUGCUGGCAUAGACCUGGCUGUCUAUGAGAGUCUGAAGAAUGCCUGGCUGUCCCGCUACGCUAAGGACACGGCUAACCCCGGCAUCCUGGUGCUGCUGGGCUGCGGCACCAUCUCCAGCACCUGCGGCCAGCUGGCCAGUUACCCAUUGGCACUGAUCCGCACACGCAUGCAAGCCCAGGCAUCUCUGGAGGGUGCAGAGCAGGUGAACAUGACCGAGCUGGUGAAGAAGAUCCUGGAGAAGGACGGCAUGUUCGGCCUGUACCGCGGCAUCCUGCCCAACUUCAUGAAGGUCAUCCCUGCGGUCAGCAUCAGCUAUGUGGUCUACGAGUACAUGAGAAGUGGCCUGGGCAUUUCCAAGUGAAGACACUACACGUGUUUAUGCAUGUUUAUGUGGGUGUAUGUGUAUCUGUGUGUGUGUGUGUGUGUGUGUGUGUGUGUGUGUGUGUGUGUGUGUGUGUGUGUGUGUGUGUGUGUUUGUGUGUGUGUGUGUGUGUGUGUACGCACAAAUUUGUAUGUACGAACAUCAUUUCCAUUCAAAUCAGGUUAUUACCAAACCCUAGGCUACUUAGCCCACGACACCAAACUCAACAUUAGAGAGAAAACACGUGAGAGUUCUUAUUGUUUACGGCACUUUCAUUGUUAAAAUGCAAAAUGACACUUUACCAAUCAGUCUUGCAUUGCAAAAGAUGCAAUUGCAACAUGUUUUCAUUGGCUGGGUUGUUUGCAAUGGUAUUUGGAGUUUUAACUUGACCAUGAAAGCAAAUACCAAAGGUAUUUACACAUCUUUUGUUUAAAAUCUCUUACAAGGACCACAAUGAUACCAUAAUCUAUGGUAAUGCCAUAGAAGUGAUUUCUGUUUCAUUGUUGAUGAUGCCUCAGCUGGUUUGAAUAGAACUCCUCAACCGUCCAAGACACAGAGGCUUCAGGGAUACCUCACAAGACCAGAAACAGGCAUCUUUCCUCCGAGCCCGCAGUGUUGUCUCUGAUAAAAUAUGAAAAACUGUUUUUUUUUUAACAACACAUACUUCAUGUCAGCUUCAGUUGUGGUUGUAUUGUCAACUGACUUGAGUUUCUCUUGUAGUUCAUUAGGCACAGAUCAGCUUCACAUUAGCGUCAACAGUGAAGUCUUAGUUCAACAUUCAAUUUACACUAAUGUAUCACGUGAGGGCAUCUGCGGCAGAAUGUCGAUGUCAAUGGGUCCACUGCCACCUUGUUGGAGAUUAGCGCAUAGCUGUUUAUCAUAGUGAAAUAUUUAUUUCUGUGACGUAUCACACAACAUCAAUAUAAUGCAAAUUGUUGUGAUGGUGCUAUGAACCUAUGCACUGGUGUGUGUUCGCAAACUGUUUUUAAAAAGCGACUGUUGUCAGGUCCUUUUGCAGUGCAUCUCCUCACCCAUGUAACUGACCGUGCACUUGGAGUAUUCAGUGCUGUCUCAUGGACAGUACAUGAAGGACGGUAACAUAACAUGGAUAUUUGGCAACACUGAGCCAGUCUCUGAACCAGGUUACUGAAAGUCCACAGUGUGGUGCUUGGGUGUCAUAUAUGAGGUUAACUUACAGUGGUACAUUGUUUAUAUACAGCAUUUAACAUAAUAUUUUUCUUUUACCAGCACAGAAAUUGGACACAACAGACUGCAUAGCAGACUUUAAAAAAAUGUGAUUCACUUCAGGCAGGGAUGGAUGUUGAUUAGAGGUUUCAUCAGCACACACAAUCAAGCUCACACACAGUGAUUUAGUGACCUGAUGGGAAGGCAUCGCUCUGAAAAGUUGUUUAGUGUCUUUAAUCAGGGAGGAUAUGGAGAAUGUGCCUUAUCAUGGGAUGUGUUCAGAUCUCUGUGGUUUCAGUAAUGACCCUGUUUGCCUUUUUUCCAGUUUUGUUAAGUUAGCAACUCCCGUUUACAUUAAAAGGAAGUAUUUUUAAUAAUUA